UGACAUAGAAGAAGAGAAGGGAAGAAGACAUGGCGGCUGACAGUUUGUAAUGAGCCAACAAAAACAGCUAAGACUCUUGCAAGUUUCACCCUUAUCGUUAAAACCAGCCGCGGGAAUCAAACACAGGUCGUCAACAUGUUGAUAACUCUGAAAACGUUGCAACAGCAGACGUUCAAGGUCGAGAUCGAUGAAGAGGAGACGGUGAAGACUCUAAAAGAGAGGAUUGAACAGGAGAAGGGAAAGGAGAUUUUUUCAGUUGCUGGACUAAAGCUCAUAUAUGCUGGUAAAAUCCUCAACGAUGACUCAGCCCUCAAAGAGUACAAAAUCGAUGAGAAGAACUUUGUGGUCGUCAUGGUGACUAAGCCCAAAACGGCCGCAGCCGCCUCGCAGCCUUCACCUUCCCCUGCAGCUGCAGCUCCCAGUGCUACAGCUUCUCCACUUCCUCCAGCUGCUCCUGCUCCUCCAGCUCCUCCCGCCUCGUCGUCUAGUUCAGAAACCAAAACAGAAUGUUCCACUAAAGACGACAAACCAGAGGAGACUCAGUCUUCAACUGCUGAGACGACCUCCUCGCCAGUUAGAAGCUCUGAGGCGUCAACAAACCUCAUUGAUGAGGCAGUUUCAAACUUAGUGACAGGUGCUUCAUACGACGCCAUGGUGAACGAGAUGAUGCUCAUGGGCUACGAGAGGGAGCAGGUGGUGGCAGCUUUGAGAGCGAGCUUCAACAACCCAGACAGGGCUGUGGAGUACCUGCUCACAGGUAUCCCAGGCAGAGACCAGGGCCACCUGACAGGUCCUGAAACGGUGGCGCCUCCAGUGAGUGGAGCUCCAGCUGCACUUGCAGGUGGCAGCAGUGUCCCUGCCAACACUGGGUCUUCAACAAGUGCUGGAGGCAAUCCCUUGAAUUUCCUCCGAAAUCAGCCUCAGUUUCACGUGAUGCGACAGCUGAUCCAGCAGAACGCCGCCCUGCUGCCCACGCUGCUGCAGGAGAUCGGCAGGGAAAACCCUGAGCUGCUGCAGGAGAUAAGCAGCCACCAAGAGCAGUUCAUCCAGAUGCUCAAUGAACCCAAUGCAGAGGCUGUGGCCGGCAGUGGUGGCGGCGGCGGCGGUGGUAGUGGUGGUGGUGGUGGAGGAGGAGGAGGAGGAGGAGGAGCUGGAGGAGCUGGAGGUACAUCAGGUGAUGCACCUGGUGGAGGCCACAUGAGCUAUAUCCAGGUCACACCACAGGAGAAGGAGGCCAUCGAGAGGCUAAAAGCCUUAGGAUUUCCAGAGGGGCUUGUUAUACAAGCCUACUUUGCUUGUGAGAAGAACGAGAACUUGGCCGCAAAUUUCCUUUUACAGCAGAACUUUGAUGACGAUUAAAGGAACCAUCAUUCUUUUGAAGUUUGGUUUUUCCUAUUUCUUCCUCUACAUUUUUUUAUUACCAAUAUCAUGUACACAACAAGCUUUUUACGUUUCCAAAAAAAGGGUUUUAUUCACCACUUUCCACGUUGACUUCUCUUGGUAACACUGGAUCAUUAUCACAACCUGUAAGUGUGAUCAGGUUGAAAAUGGACAAUUAAACGACAAUAACUUUACAGCAGAAAUAAUCGGUGUGCUAUUGAUUUUUUUUUUUUAACACAAGUUAAUUAAAAUAUUUUUUUUAUAUAAUCAAUAUGGUUUGUAAGGAGGGAUUAUGUCAUAAGUGAAGUUAGGUCAGAGACUGUGAAGGCUUUUCAUGUACUCUUAUUCUAUUUUUUAAGUUGAGAAAUAAUGGAAAAUCAAAGUUGUGCAUAACAAGCAUGUAUGGCACUGAUUCCUUGUUUUUCGAUCCAUCACCCUGAAUCUGCAUGUGAAUCAGCGGGAUGAUUGGCAGGAGCUGUGUUAUGAACUGCAGUUUAAAAUGAAGGUUAAUUUAAACAUGUAUAUACAUACAUGUGAUGGGGAUUAGCUACAGCAACUGUCAAUUUUUACAGAAAAUCACACAAAAAAAAUAAAGUUUUGAUGAGAAAUGAAA